AGGAAGAUCUAGGAAGACUUUGGAAAAGACUCUACAAAAAGACUUGAAGUACUUGGAUCUAACGGAAGAUGUGGCACAGAACUGAGUGCAAUGGCGUUCUAGGAUUCAUACAGCCGACCUCGCUUAGUGGGAAAAGGCUUUGUUGUUGUUGUUGUAUUGAUAAACCAGGGGCAACCCCUGGUUGUUAUAUUCAGAAAGUGACUAUUGGUAACCUAUAAGCAAGUGAAAAAGUUAUCAACUUCAAAGGACGUGCAUUCAUGAGUUGGUUGCCAGUAGCAUGUUUACUGCCAUAUCUUGUGUAUGUAUUACCCUAUUAGGAACAAUAAUAUUAAGGAGAUGCUGAACCAAUAGGGAGUAUGAAGGGAGAAUGGAAAGAAAGGUCAGGAAGACGAACAAGGGGAUACCUAGGCUUUAAUAUUACAUGAUGAAAUUUCUCAGUAUUACUCAAGUUAGCAUCUCUAUUCAAUCAUUUCCCUGUAUGCUUUCUAUUUGCUUCUCCUGCAACUUUUACCGGUUAAAGUUUCUGCGGAAUAUCGUAGAUGUUAAUACUCGAUUAGCAUUGGCAUGCAAAAUUAGUUGUUUAUACACACUGUCCUUUAAUGAUUUAAUCCUCAUCGCCAACUUCUCUUGUAAAAGUAGGAAUUUUUGUUAAUCUCAGUUAAUGAGCCUGCAUUGUGCCUAACUUCAAAUCUUUCUUGUGUUUUAUAAAAAGGUGUUUUGGUACAUUUCUUGACUCUUUUAGCUUCUGUUGUUCCUCAUCAGGCUUGUGGAAAGACAGAUAGAUCAGUUGGAAUCUUUCAUGAUGGUCAUCAUUUGAGCCCUGGGUCGGUUCUUGAAGCUUCAUUUUCUUCGAGUAGUCUGGAUGAUAGCUCAGGGCAUAGGUCCUUCUACCCUCACUCUAUGGAUUACUCUGCUGAUCAGUUGCAACUUGGACAUGAUGCUGAUAUUGUAGACUCUGCCACUUCAGCGGACAAAAAUAAGACUGGCGGUGAGAUGAUAACUGCUCUUUUCGGCAAUGUAUCAAGAAUGUUGCAUAGCAUCGAUGCUGGUGGGGAGAGAUUGAGUGGAGGCAAGCUCACCAAUGCAAAUGAAGUUAUCUUGAAUGCCGAACUGUUGUUUGGAGAUGUGACUCUUCACAAUAAGGGGAACAUAAUGGAAGGUCUUUUCGUCAGUCCCUUGCUUCUUGAUCUGGAAACUAUUGCUGGCACCAUGAUGACGAAAUUCCAUGUGUAUAGUAGUUUCAGGGGCGUCAAAGAACUUACUGAAUUCCUAUUUGGCUUUGUCGUUGAGUACUUGGAAUCAAAAUAUGACCGAUACUGCAACUCCGGAUUCAGAUUUUGGAAAAAACUCCCCGCAGGCAUGAACCACAAGUUGAUGAUUCAAGAGGUUCGGGAGGAGAUUCAGAAGUGGACGGAUUUGGCUGGAAUGAUUCCUGAUGAGUUGAUAGAAUGGGAUAUUAGUCAUUCCCUGGGGAAGUGGACGGAUUUUAAUAUCGAAGCGUUUGAGGUCGGUUCUGAAAUUGACGGAGACAUUCUUCAAAGUUUGGUUAAUGAAGUUGUGAUCGACCUCUGCGAGAGCAGGCUGCUGGAUUCCUUUUGAAAUUCAUGUAAAACCCUAGCAACCAUUUUUUUAUAUUUUUGAGUUCGUAUGAUCAUAGAUCAGCCAUGUCACAUGUUAAGUUCUGUGUGUUAAACCAAGCAAAUGUAUUCUUUUGUACAAAUCAAUGGAAGGCUUAGGGUUUAGUUUAAGAUCA